AUGCCCUCGUUAGCCGCGUUGGCUGGGGUGUUAGCGUUGCUUCUCGCUGGGCUGCAGACAGGAUGUGGCUCCCCUACUGUAGCGGGAUCACUUGCGGCGGUGGAUGGGGCUACACGGGGACAGGAGCAGGGGCUGGUGGAGGAGAUCCAGGUGACCCCCUGUCCUUCCUGUGUGCUGGCCCAGAUGAGCAGGGACUACCUGGGCUCGGAUCCGGGUUAUAUGGACAUGGUGGAAGCGGUGAAACAGCACAUCCUCGACAUGCUCCAUCUCAGCGCGAGGCCCAACGUCACCCAGCCGGUGCCGCGCGCCGCCCUGCUCAACGCCAUCAAGAAACUACACGUUGGCCGCGUGGGCAAGGACGGCAGCGUGGAGAUCCAGGAGGAAGGGCAGGGGGGCGGUGAGGGGGCGGCGCCGCCACCUGAGCCGCCCUCCGAGAUCAUCACCUUUGCCGAGCCAGGCGACACUACAUCCGCCGUGACCUUUGACAUUUCCAAGGAGGGCAGUGAGCUCUCAGUGGUGGAGCAGGCCAACGUGUGGCUCUUCCUCAAGCUGGCCAAGGGGCAAGGGCGAGGCAAGGGCAAGGUGAACAUCCAGCUUCUGCAGCGUCGCCGACAGAAGACCAAAGCUCCAGGCUUGACCGAGACCCAGGGCAAGGAGGAGGAGGAGGAGGAGGAGGAAGAGUUGGUGUCUGAGAAGAUGGUUGACACGCGGCGCAGCGGCUGGCACACGCUCCCCGUGUCGCACAGCAUCCAGUCCCUCCUGGACACCGGUGGCAGCGUCAUCGAUCUGCGAGUCUCCUGCCCGCAGUGCACCGAGGCGGGCGCCACACCCAUCUUGGUCCCCACCGAGGGCGAGCAACCGGGACGAGAGAGGGAACAAUCCCACAGGCCAUUCCUCAUGGUCGUACUGCGGCCCGGCACGGAGGAACACGCUCGCCGACGCGCCAAACGCGGCCUGGAGUGCGACGGAAAGAUGCGCAUCUGCUGCAAGCGGCAGUUCUAUGUCAACUUCAAGGACAUCGGCUGGAACGACUGGAUCAUCGCGCCGCCGGGCUACCACGCCAACUACUGUGAGGGCGACUGCCCCAGCCACGGGGCCAGCAUCACGGGCUCCUCGCUGUCCUUCCACUCCACCGUCAUCAACCACUACCGAAUGCGGGGCUACGCGCCCUUCCAGAACAUCCAGUCGUGCUGCGUGCCAACGCGGCUACGCGCCAUGUCCAUGCUCUACUACAACGAGGAGCAGAAGAUCAUCAAGAAGGACAUCCAGAACAUGAUCGUGGACGAGUGCGGCUGCUCGUAAGAGACAGUGAAAGAGAGCAACAUAGACUCAUCAAUAACAAGGAGACACUGUUGGGAUGAUGGGCCGCUUAACCGUUCAAACAAAAAAAACAAUACCUUUUUUGGGAGUCAUGUAAAAAUGUGUUGACUGACUGAUCUGUCCGUUUCGUCUGAUUACCCGAUGGGAGUAUUGUGAAGUCUCUGUGGCACUUUCAGAUAAAAAAAAAAAAGAGAUACAGAAUAUAUUUUUGGGUUGAAUGGAUAGCAAAAGUGGGACUCAUGUGAUUCCUGCAUCUCUGCACUGCAAUGAACAUGGAACAAUUUUCCCUGAAAGAAGAACUAUGCAACUGAUCAAGUAUUACCGUGUGAUCUUUUAAAUAUUUCUUUCCACAUUAUGGGAUGUUUUGAUGUAUUUUUUAAUUUGUA